AUGCCAAAGCCAACACCACAGACACAGGAGGAUAUAUCUGACAUAUUUCUGUGGGUUUUCCGCGUUGGCAUCGCUUGCACUUUGACAUCAGCUCUGCUGUUUCUUCUGGGAUUUGCCACGGAUCACUGGCAUAAGGACAAGUACAGUUACUACGGUCUGUGGAAUAAAUGCGAGCAUGGACAAUGUCACCCUCACCAGCAGAGCAGUUUGCCAGACUACCAUACGGCGACCCAAGCUCUGCAGAUACUAGCAACGAUUAUCUACACCCUAGCUCCAGUUAUACACUUCUUCGUUUUUUGGGCCAAGAAAAAGAAAUCCACCGAUUACAGAACUCGAAUAUUUGAAGCCGGAUACACCUUUGGAACUAUUUUCCACGUCGUUGGUGUUAUUGUGUUUGGGAGCCUACAUCCGAACCCAGAUUCUCUCUCGUGGUCCUACAGCAUGUCUGUAGCCGGCGCGGGGCUUGCGGUCAUAGGCACCAUUCUUGUCAUCGUCUCCAGGAACAAAGCUCUUCGCUUUUUCCAUUGCCUGCCACUCCGCUCACAAAAGCAAAGCAGAGGUCGUGUAGACGCUCUCUCCCGAAGCAGCACUGGCUCUUCAAGAGCGGAUACGCCACAAAGUGGAUCAUCAAGUGACAGCAGGCGUAUCUUUGGCCCACAGACACGUCAAUCCAUCGAAUCCCAGAGUUCAAUACUCGUGGCUGUUCCUAACUAUCUAAAUCAUUCAGAUUCGUCUUUCGUAACGCCAGUGUCACGACAAGCCUACCCAAGUUCGUUCAGAACAAUGUCUCCAGGACCAAGCAGUCAAAUCCCGUUUAGAACGAUGCCAAAUAACCCUCAUCAGAAACAGUUAGGGGCAACUAAUCCAGUGCUGCAGUACCCCAACAAACCAUCGACCUCAAAGGUAGAAUUAGCACCAUUACGAACACAUUUCUUACCGCCACUUCUGGAAACUACGCCCGUGUGA